CGCCCUGCGGCGCUGCGCAGGCGCAGUGCGGAACGGACACGGGCACGGGAACCGCCGCUGUCACCGCGCUCCGGAGCCGCCGCCAUGGUGCUGGACCUGGACCUGUUCCGUGCCGACAAAGGCGGGGAUCCCGCGGCCGUGCGGGAGAUGCAACGGAAACGCUUCAAAGACCCGGCGCUGGUGGACGCGCUGGUGCGGGCGGACGGCGCCUGGCGGAGGUGCAGAUUUCGUGCUGAUAACUUGAACAAGCUGAAGAACCUUUGCAGCAAAACCAUCGGUGAUAAGAUGAAGAAGAAGGAGCCCGUAGGGAGCGAUGAGUCCGUGCCAGAGAGCGCGCAGAACCUGGAUGAGCUGACAGCUGAUGUCCUGGGGGGGCUGCAGGUGUCGCAGAUCAAGAAGGUCCGUCUCCUCAUCGACGAAGCCAUCCUGAAGUGCGAUGCGGAGCGCGUCAGGCUGGAGGCAGAACGCUUUGAGAGCCUCCGGGAGAUCGGGAACCUCCUGCACCCCUCGGUGCCCAUCAGCAACGAUGAGGAUGCAGACAACAAGGUGGAGCGGAUCUGGGGGGACUGCAGCUGCAGGAAGAAGUAUUCCCACGUGGACCUGGUGGUGAUGGUGGAUGGUUACGAGGGAGAGAAGGGGGCCGUUGUCGCGGGGAGCCGGGGCUACUUCUUGAAGGGUCCCCUGGUGUUCCUGGAGCAGGCCCUGAUCCAGUACGCCCUGCAGAGCCUCCGUGCCAAGGGCUACACUCCUGUCUACACGCCUUUCUUCAUGCGGAAGGAGGUGAUGCAGGAGGUGGCCCAGCUCAGCCAGUUUGACGAGGAGCUCUACAAGGUGAUCGGCAAAGGCAGCGAGAAGGCCGAGGACAGCUCCAUCGAUGAGAAGUACCUCAUUGCCACCUCCGAGCAGCCCAUCGCCGCCCUGCACCGCGACGAGUGGCUGAAGCCGGAGGAUCUGCCCAUCAAAUAUGCAGGGCUGUCCACCUGCUUCCGCCAGGAGGUCGGCUCGCACGGCCGCGACACGCGCGGCAUCUUCCGUGUGCAUCAGUUUGAGAAGAUCGAGCAGUUCGUCUACGCCUCCCCGCACGACAACAAGUCAUGGGAGAUGUUUGAUGAGAUGAUCGCCACGGCCGAGGAGUUCUACCAGUCCCUGGGCAUCCCCUACCACGUCGUCAACAUCGUUUCGGGCGCCCUGAACCACGCUGCCAGCAAGAAGCUGGACUUGGAGGCUUGGUUCCCAGGCUCAGGAGCGUUCCGUGAGCUCGUGUCCUGCUCCAACUGCACCGACUACCAGGCGCGCCGCUUGCGCAUCCGCUUUGGGCAGACCAAGAAGAUGAUGGACAAGGUGAGGGUGUGGGGCUGGGCGGUCAUGUUCCCCGUUCCCCAUUUGCUGUUCCCCGGUGUCCCCACUUCACGCAUCCACCUGCCUCAGGUGGAGUUUGUGCACAUGCUCAACGCCACAAUGUGUGCCACCACCCGAACCAUCUGCGCCAUCCUGGAGAACUACCAGACCGAGGAGGGCAUCGUCGUCCCCGAGCGGCUGCGGGACUUCAUGCCCCCAGACCUCCGGCAGAUCAUCCGCUUUGUGAAGCCGGCCCCCAUCGAGCAGGAGCUCUCCAAGAAGCAGAAGAAGCAGCAGGAAGGCGGCAGGAAAAAGGCUGCGGGCGGGGAGCGGGUGCUGGAGGAGCAGAUGCAGAACAUGGGCGUCAGCAGCGCCUGAGUCCUUCGGCUCCGCCGGGCUCUGCGCCGCCUCCUUCGCUUCGGGUCGAGUCUGGGGCGGGAGCUGCCCGGUCUCCACCCGGCCCUGCGGCACCACAGGGCAAAGAACUGACAGUCGUGGGGCUCCGGCCCAAAGUGCGGCUCCGGCCCCCCCGCCUCCCCAGCGGGGUCACUGCAUGGCGGGCUCAUGGCAGGGGCGGAAACCUUCCUUCCCUCAACCCAAUAAAGCAAAGAAAGCUGCUGA